UCGCAGCUGCGGUUGGUGUUUCCAGGGAGGCCGGCCCUCGCCCUCCCGCCCAUGCUCGGCCUCCAAACCGGCGGAGGCGGGACGGGACCGGGCAGGCCAGGCUGGGGAAGGGAGCGACUGUAGCUGCGGCUGGCUUUCCGUCGCCGCUUCCUGCUUCUCCUUCUCCGGCUUCUGCAGCUAGCGUUUCGAGAGAAGCGGUAACCGCGCGCGCAAAAACAGAUGCGGGUGAAAAAUCCAUCAAGGACUGUAGCUGAAAAAAACAAGAGACACAAAAAGUCAAAUCAGUGUCAGGAUGAAGACUCUUCAGAUGACAUUGCAGGAAAAGGUCUGACAUGCCAGCAUGUAAGCCAAGCCAUUGAUGUACAUCAUGUGAAGAAAGCAGUAGCUCAGAAUGUCUGGUCAGUAUGUUCAGAGUGCCUAAAGGAAAGGAGAAUAUGUGAUGGUGAGCCAGUAAUGCCCGCAGACAUAUGGCUGUGUCUGAAAUGUGGAGCUCAGGGCUGCAAUCAAAACUCAGAAGCUCAGCAUUCUCUGAAACAUUUCCAGACGUCACGGGCAGAAUCUCAUUGCAUUGUAAUCAACCUCAGCACAUGGAUCGUAUGGUGCUAUGAAUGUAAUGAAGAGCUGUCGACUCACUGCAACAAGAAGGCUUUGGCACAAAUAGUUGACUUCCUCCAAAGGCAUGUUGCCAGAAAUGAAACAAGUUUGUCAUCAAAAAUUAUACGGUUAAAUGAAGAUGACGCAAGUGACGUAGUAAAGGAAAGAAGCAUCAGUGCCAGUUGGGUAUCAGUUCCAGUUAAAGGAAUUAAUAACUUAGGAAACACUUGCUUCUUUAAUGCUGUUAUACAGAAUUUGGCACAGACGCACAUGUUAAAUGAGCUAAUGUGUGAAAUGAAGGAAAAGGGGACAAAGUUGAAAAUAGGUCAAAACUCACUGUCCCAACUGGACCCUUUGGAAGUCAGUCUCUCAAGCCCUGGAUCUCUGACUUCAGCUAUGUUCCUGUUCCUUCAGAGCAUGAAAGAAGCUGGAAAGGGUCCUCUUUCUCCUAAAGUUCUUUUCAACCAGCUCUGUCAAAACAACUUGACAGAGCUUAACACACACCCAGUUUCUCAAAUAGCAGUCUUUUUGAAGCGCAUACAAACUGCAAUUUUAAAAGCAUUCAAUAAUCCAACCACUAAAACAGCCGAUGAAGAGACAAAAGGAAAAAUCAAAGCCUAUGGAAGAGAGGGUGUGAAGAUGAACUUCAUAGAUAGGAUCUUUGUUGGUGAAUUGACUAGCACUAUCAUGUGUGAGGAAUGUGAAAAUAUUUCCACAGUGAAGGAACCUUUUAUUGAUCUUUCACUCCCUAUAAUAGAAGAAAGGAUUUCAAAACCUGUUCCUCUUGGAAGGACAAAUAAAUGUAAACAUAUACAAGAAGCAGAUGUUGAUCAAUGUAGCUGUUGUACUACAACUACUUUGAAUAAUCAACAAUUAAAAGAUUCUAGGAAACAUAUAUUAAUGAAGGAGAAGAACCAAAUAAACCAUGAAAGAAGACUUGCCAAGAAAUCCUCCCCUGGUGAAGAAGAGCCAAGCUCUUUUAUUAUGCAUGAAAAACCUAGAAGCCCUAAAACUGAAGGAGGUUCCAACGUGCCACAUUCAGGGAACAGCAAUAUGGUGAAGGAGUGCACGACAAAUGAAAGCCAGACGGAAGGCAGUGAAAAAGAAGGAAGCCAUUCUGAAAGUAGUGUCGAUGCAGACAGCGAGGCUUCUGAAAGCGAAAGUGCUCCUAAGCAAAGGACUUUCACCAGAGCUUCUUGCACAUCCAGUUUGCACAUCAGUGGGCACAAACACUUGCAACCCAGCAAAUCACCUGAUAACAGUACAGAGGCGCUUGCAAAUUCCUUGUCAAAACUGAGUUUUGGCAACAGUGUAAAUGAGUGCGAAGGGCUGCUCAACGGAGAUCAGCUAUCAGAUCUGUCAAACAACUUAGCCUUUUCAGCAGAGAAUUCGCUGUUGUUGCAAAACCCUCAAAAUGCUUUCCAGACUCUUUCCCAGAGCUACAGAACAAGCUCUAAAGAAUGUUCGGUUCAGUCGUGCCUCCACCAGUUUACGUCUGUGGAGCUGUUGAUGGGAAACAACAAGCUGCUAUGUGAAAACUGUACAGAACAGAGACAGAAACAUCUGAAAAAAGCAAAUUCUGCAGAGAAGAAGGUGGAAGGUGUAUAUACUAAUGCUCGGAAACAGCUUCUGAUUUCUUCAGUUCCUGCUGUUCUUGUUCUCCAUCUUAAAAGAUUCCACCAGGCUGGUGUAAGUCUACGGAAAGUUAACCGGCAUGUGGAUUUCCCGCUAGUGUUGGAUUUGGCACCAUUUUCUUCUGCUUCCUGCAAGAAUGUAACAGAUGGUGGGAAAGUUGUCUAUGCUCUUUAUGGAAUAGUGGAGCACAGUGGUUCUAUGCGAGGCGGUCACUAUGCAGCAUACGUGAAAGUCAGAGCUCCAACCAAAAAGCUUUUGGAACACAUUUCUAGCAAUAGAAAUGUCCAAGGUUUAAAGGAAUCUGUAGGAGCAUCUGUAGGACAGUGGGUGUAUGUCAGUGAUACCCACGUACAAGCGGUCCCAGAAUCAAGAGUUUUGCAUUCACAGGCCUACUUGCUUUUUUAUGAAAGAAUAUUGUAGUUGUGUUCAACAACGAAAGGAUAACUAUUGUUUAGAAUUACUUGAAAUGUUGUGGUUUUACCUCUUCUCUCAUAUAAAAUGUAUCAUGAUUUGAAAACAUCCAUGGCUCCAGUCCAGAGAUGCACGUUUAAGGCUCACAAUGUUAUCCAGCAGCUAACCCUUGCACCCAUUGUUGCGUUCAGUACUGCUCUGAAAGGACUCAGGCCUUCAGAGGUGCCUUUAGAGAAUGUGGGGGACUACUGCCGAUAAGGAUAAAUGGAAAAGUCUCUAUAUGCAAGGAAAAGCAAAUGUGUGUUUCUCUAAAGUUGUGCCUGCAUGUUAAAAUCCCAAAAUUCCCUUGAAAUAAGGUACUCUGAAACAGAAUAGAAACAUUUCAGUUUAGGACAGCACAACCCAAAAUCGAUUGAAAAAUAGAGGUAGAAAUUAUCUCCAAAAAACUGAACACUGCCUGGAUUUUCCUCGGUACAAAAUACAGAUUGUUACAUCAUGAACAUAGUUAUGUUGCAUAUUUGGCUCCUGAGUUUUCUGGAAUGCAGUGGUUGCAAUCUUGUAUGAUGUAAUAUCUGAUUCCAUUUUUAAAAGACAUUUGGCAUAGUUCUCUCAGAACUGCAGGUGAGAUUUUGCAUAUUUGAACAUACUGCCACAUCAAAAAUUUGGGGACAACAAAAGGCUUAGCACAUCAGAAACAAAGCCAGAAUAGAACCUUGCCCCUUGAUGUAUUCGCGUUCCAUAUGCAGGGAGUCUUUGGCAUUGAGGAAUUGCUUUGAAUAUUUCCCUACAUACACCCUGAAUUACUAGCCUUGGAUGGAUUGUACUUCAUAAUUAGCUGCAAGACUUCAAGGUAAACAUAAAAUCAAUUCAUAGUUUCUAAUCUUGUGCACAAUAUUCUUUGUCAUUUAUUAUUCUUUGUCAUUUAUUAACUAGAUUGGCAAGUAUGCCGGUUUAUUUCACAACCAAUAUUUUUUGCAGAAUGCUAGGUGACUUCACACAAUUCUUACUAUUCCUGCACUGCUGAGGGUGGGGGUCGGAAGAGAGAUGAGGAAGUUGCACUUUUCAGCCAGAAAUCCCUUUGCCAUUGAACAACUAUAUUGUGUCUCCAAGCCACUGCCUCUUAGAAAAAAAUCAGUUGUGUUACUUUCUGCAAAACGGAGCUUUGGGAUUGGCUUCUCAUGAAUGCACUGUAGCUUUUUGCUUUAAAACAACAACAAAAACACCCUCUGCCAGAUGACAGGUUGCUGUUAAAAUGUGGAAAGAUUUGUAAGGGAAAACUGUUUUACAUGUUGUCAAACGGGGAUGGAAGGCCCUUGCAUGUAGUUUUAGAAGCUUUGUGUGAGACCAUUACAAAGGAGUAGAUUAUGCAGCUCAGUAGCAUAAGGAGUCCACUAGGAAUCUCUUCUGACACCUUGUUUCAGAAAAAGAAAUGGGAAAUGUGCACAAGCAACAGUGAUAUUUGUGAGGCAUUUCUGUGGGGUUAAUUUCAACAGGAGAGGUGGUUGUUGUUGGAUUGCAUGUGCCAUUUGAAAUUCUGUCAGAGAUUAUUGUGUUGUCAUAUGAACACAUGAGAAACAUCUACCCAUUCUUGUGACUUAAAAUAAUAUGUGAUUGUUUUACUGAAUUAAUUUCUUAUGCUACUGAGCUGCAUACUUUAAAACUAAGACCAAAGUAAAUCAAACUUUCCUUCAGGGACCUGUUUCUCAUCAUGUAAUCAAGAAGAGACUUGAUUACAUGGUAGAAAUAAAUUCUCAUGACUCUUAGCUUCUAAAAUAUUGUAUCCAUCUGAGAAGCUCCUAAUUCUGGAAUAAUAAAGAGGGAUUUUAUGGCAUCUUAAAAUACUAACAAUUUUUUUGUAACUUAAAAUUUAAGAACUACAGGCCCACUUCAGAUGCACUGAGCUGUACAUUUUGAGUGACACUUUGAUUUUUGUGCACUGAUUUUUUCCCCUGUACCAAUAGUGGGAGCAGCUGAUAUAUGGGCAGCCCAAUCCAGGGUGGGAGCAAAGCACAUUCUGAAAGCAGCACAGACUGGCACCAACACUGGUGGGAAGGGCAAAUAGUGUGGCAGCCUGGAGCUGCAGAGCUAUGUGGUACCUGACCCAGAAGAGUCUGCCUGCCCCAGAGCUGUACCAGUUUAAAGGUGGACUAAGCUAUGUUUUUAUUUUCUCCACAUGGCAUUAUGCCCACAUUAUUUUCUCCACAUGGCAUACAAAAUCACUUCAAAAGGGAUGUGGGCAGAAUGGAGCGUGUGCAAUGGAGAGUGACAAGGAUGAUCAGGGUCUGGAGACCUAACCUGGGGAGGAAAGGAUGAAGGAACUGGAAAUUUUUAGUCUGAAGAAGAGGAGGUUGAGGGUGGACAUGAAUGCUGUAUUUAAGUAUUGAAAGGGAUGUCACUUAGAGGAGGGCAGGAGGCUGUUCCUGUGGGCAGCAAAGGAUACGGCUCACAAUAAUGGGUUUAAAUUACAGGUGAAAAUCUGGAUAUUAGGGAAAAAAUUGCAAUAAAAGUUGUGCAACAGUGGAAUUGGCUACCAUGGGAGAUGGUGAGCCCCUCCUCACUGUCAGUCUUUAAGCAGCUGCUGGACAAACAUUGGUCAGAGAUGCUCUAGGGGCUGAUCCUGCUUUAAGCAGAGGGUUGGACUACAGCCCCUUCCAAAUCUAUGAUUUUAACAUGUGAUUAUCCUAAACAUUUUGGAAUUACAGGUUUUCUACUCUAUUUCAGUGUUAGUAACCUUGAAUUAUAUUUAAUAUAUAGGCAGGUUAAAUUAUUUAAAGGGUUGCAAAGGCUAAUAUGUGCAAUAAAUCUAUUUAAUAACCAUGUUUUUUAUGUAGUGUUAAACUGUAUAUGCAGUUUUUAAUGGGAAUAUGUAUGUAAUAAAAGGAAGAUUAAACUUAACUAUAUUCUGUUGUGGAUUCAAAUAAAAACAUCUUCUAUUUUUGAUUUUCCAAAUAAAGUCUUAGUGCACAUUUUAGGAAAAUGUAUCUGUUUACCUUCAUUUGAAGGUAAGGUGAAACUGAAAAUGGGCAAAUGUGAUUAUGUACGUGGAGCAUAAAAAGAUGUCAAAUGUUUAAAUUUGCUCCCAACACCCGUGAUCAAUUAUCUGAUGAGUGCUAUCGGUUUACCAAAUUGCAAAUUAAAGGCACAAUAUUUUCAAACAAAAAA